CCCGUAUUUGCAGUAGCUCCUCCCCGAACACUCGCAUCCAUUGCUGGCAUCAUGAGUCAAGAGGAGGAUGUGGUCAUCGUAUGUGCUGCCAGAACCCCGAUCGGUUCCUUCAAUGGCAGUUUAUCUGGCCUGGCUGCACAUCAACUAGCUUCGGUGGUGAUAAAAGAAGUCCUGAAGAGAGGAAACAUCAAACCAGAGGAUGUGUCUGAAGUAAUUUUAGGUCAGGUUUUGACCGCAGGCCAAGGACAGAAUCCUGCUCGUCAGGCUAGCGUCAGUUCGGGAAUCCCAUAUCUGGUGCCUGCAUGGAGUUGUCAGAUGAUUUGUGGCUCUGGCCUGAAAGCAGUGUGUCUUGCAACACAAGCCAUCAUGACGGGCAGCUCCAAUAUUGUGAUAGCAGGAGGCAUGGAGAGCAUGAGCAAGACUCCGCAUGUGGCACUUUUGAGAACUGGAGUCAAAAUGGGUGAUGUAUCGCUUCAAGAUAGCAUGCUUUGUGAUGGUCUGAUGGAUGCAUUUCACGGUUACCACAUGGGAAUUACAGCUGAGAAUGUGGCCAAAAAAUGGAAUAUUAGUCGAGAAGAACAGGACAAGUUCGCUGUACAAUCCCAGAGAAGGACUGAGAGGGCACAAAAAGCAGGAUUUUUUGACAAGGAAAUCGUACCCGUCUCUGUCCCAUCAAGAAAAGGCUCUUUUGAAGUAUCAGCUGAUGAAUUUCCCCGUCACGGUAGUAGUUUUGAAGUGAUGUCAAAACUGAAGCCAUGUUUUUUAAACGAUGGGACUGGCAGUAUCACAGCUGCUAAUGCAUCAGGUAUAAGUGAUGGAGCAGCGGCUGUAAUUCUGAUGAAGAAAUCAGAAGCUCUUAAAAGAAAUUUGAUGCCUUUGGCACGUGUUGUAUCCUGGGCACAAGCUGGAUUGGAUCCUGCUAUUAUGGGAAUUGGCCCUAUACCAGCAAUAAGAAAAGCAGUGGAUAAAGCUGGCUGGACAUUGGAUGAAGUUGAUCUGUUUGAAAUUAAUGAAGCUUUCGCUGCACAGUCAAUUGCUGUUGUCAAGGAGCUUGGUUUAAACCCAGAAAAGGUAAACAUCCAAGGUGGUGCUAUUGCUUUAGGUCACCCGUUGGGAAUGUCUGGGUGCCGUAUCCUGGUCACACUUCUCUACACUUUGGAGAGAACAGGAGGAAAGCGUGGGAUCGCUGCUUUGUGUAUUGGUGGAGGAAUGGGAAUAGCAAUAUGUGUUGAAAGGCAAUGAAUCAGAUCUGUGCUUUGAUGGCAGGAAAUCUUGCACACAUACCACUGCACAUAAGUGAGCAUGUAAUUUACACAGCUGCCUAGCCAUAAUAGAAAGAGUGAUUGCAAAUUGUUGUUAAUGAUUUGAUUAUACUCCUUCAAUAUAUUUGCCCAAAAUUUGCUGUAAAUUAUUGAGUCUACAGUGCAUGCAAUUAUUAAUGUGUAAUUAAAAAGCACUAUGUAAUGAGAAAAAAGAAAUGCUGUGAGUUGUAAAUAGUGACAAAUAGCAUAAUCUUAUUACCAAUGUUCACCAACAUCUCCACUAGUAUCUCAAAAUUUGCACUGGAAAAACAAAUUCUACUCAACACAGAACAUUAUGUUGUUUUUGGUAAGGACCCUUUUAGUAGGGCAAUGUGUGUUUUUGUGACUUUCCACUUUGAAAUUGGUUAACAAUAAGUGGUAAUUAUCCUAUACGUGCUGCAUAGAGCAUGUACCUUGGAUGCAAGUUAAAAUGGAGAAAUUAUUGAAACCAAUAACAACAAAUAAUUAGGGGCUGGAACGAAAUGAGUGAACCAAAAGAAAUCUGAGAAGACAAAUUGUAAAAUGCAUUGUUGGGCGUGAUUGUCACUGAAUCAGAAUACGCAGCCAAGUAAACAAUAUUUCUGAUCAGCAAAUUUAAUUUGUUAUGAAUUACUAUAGAUUAGAUCACUUCCACAUGCAGGUAGCAGUUGUCUUUGUUUCUGAAUUCCAUCAAUUAAAAAAAUGACUGAACUGUGGGCAUCUGACUGUAUAUUUCUUUUGUUUGUGCAUUGUAAUCCAUAUGCAAAGGAGUCAGUUGCAAUUUGUUGUUAUUUUAAUAAACACUGUUUAAAUAUUUCGCGGUCAAAACUGCAACUUCAAGCUAUGCUAAUAACUUGUUUUUAUGUAUCAUCUCUAAAAUAGUAAAGUAUCCCAAAGCAAAAUUUGAUAUUGAGCCAUUUAUGGAUGUUUAAUGACAGAGGUUCAAAACUUAGAGACACGUUUUAAAGAGCAUCUGAAAAGAGAUGGGACUGGGUGAAUUGCUGUUGCAGAGAGCCAGCCAUAGACACAACAGGCUGAAGUUGUCCUCCUGUGGUAUAAUCAUUCUGUGCUUCUAUUUGAAGGAGAAAUUUGGGGAAAGAAUUUCAGUCUGAGUUCAAGUUUAAACAGGUUGUGAGGUCAACCAGGAGACCAUUUAGUAUUGAAUCAGAGAUAGUAGGAACUGCAGAUGCUGGAGAAUCCGAGACAACAAGGUGCAGGGCUGGAUGAACACAGCAGGCCAAGCAGCAUCCUAGGAGCAGAGAGGCUGUCCGGAGGGAGGAGGGUAACUUCUUCAGGUUAGGCAUCCUUAGAAGAGGCUUCGCAGUGGGGUUAAAAUUGAAUCAGAGAUAGUAGGAACUGCAGAUGCUGGGGAAUCCGAGACAACAAGGUGCAGGGCUGGAUGAACAUGACCAUUUAGUAUUGUUGAGUGUAGAAGUAACAGAUGCAUGCAGCUGAGUUGAGGUUAACAUUCAAAUUUUUAUAUUUCACUGGUGUGGAAACUAAACUGUUAGUUCCAUUGGUCAUCAAAGGCCUGAAUGUUCAAUUGGUAUUACCAUUGUCAACUCUCAAUACUAGUAAUUUGCAGCACAAAGUUAAUUGGAGUUCCAUGUAGAAGAAAAUGUCAAACUAAAUGGUGAGCAGAUUCUGGGCCAAAGCUAACAAAAUGUUGAAGUGUUUUUUGUCCAUUUUAUUUUACGUCCUGUGUGAAUGUUGUCUAUGUUUGUAUGUAUGUAAACAUAUUUAAAACAUAGACUUUUUGAAAUUGACACUAUAAAUUCCAGUUAUAUCCCCAUUGUUGAAGGUUCUGAAGUUCUAUUUACCAUGCAUGAAUAACUCAAUAUACUGUAGUAAGAGGAAUUAUUGGCUCAGGUUGUAAUAGAAUCAGGGAAUAAUUACAGUAUAGCAGGAGGCCAUUUGAUUUGUCAUGUCCGUGCCAGCUGUUUGGAAGUACAAUUCACUUCGCCUUAAUCCCUUGCCGUUCCAAACCCUAAUCCUAUGUCGUAAAUCUUUGCUCUUGCCCCAUCACCUUGCAAGUAUUUCCCUUCAGGUGAUUAUCCAACUCUAUUUAGAAAGCUUAAUCGAAUCUGCCUCCACCAUACCCUCAGAACACAAGGACACAAGAUAGGAGCAGGAGUGAACCAUGAGACCUGUCAAGACUGAUCUGUCAUUAAAUACAUGGCUGAUUUGAAGCAUCACCUCCACUUUAGCAAAGCAAACCAAACCAAAUCAGCCUUACUAUGACUGGAUUCGCAACAUGUGAAGUGAAAACAUUCAAUGACCCUCAAUAUUGCUCAAUUGUUCUGAACCAGACUUUACAAGUAACAGUACUUGGACAGCAAGUUUAUAAAUUAAACAAAAAUUAACAUUUUGUUGUUAAUAACAUAACUAUAGUUGAACACAGAUGAAUAACCAUGCAAUGUAAUUAAUAACUAAUCUAAGCCCAAUCAUCUUUAAUCAUAAAACAUCCACUCUCACGACAGAUAGGCGCAGUUAAGGAACAAUUUUUUUAAAAAUCAUAAUUCACAAUGUCAGGAGCCAUUUCAAUAAUGAAACAAGCCUUUAUGAAAUUACUAGACCAUGAGUUGUAUCACUGGCACGAGGAACUGACUACAUUUUUGCUUGAAUUCCAACAUUACCACACAAUCUUCUCUGACCUCUGGAUACAUUCACUUAUUUCUUACACACUGGGAUCCUUUGCUCAGAGCUAUCAACAAAUUGAUAACUGGAGGAUAAUUAGAGAGAGAAAAGAACAGAAAAACAGCCCUUGUCCAGAAGCUUUGAAAACAGAUCUGUUUCCUACUAAAACGCAGUCAGCAGCAGUUCACUCUUUGUUUUCUCUUUUUCAACAUUACCUGUAGUUGGCUGGCCAGCACCAGUUAUCCCUUGAUUGAACAAUAUAUAUGUGAAUUCUCACAUUUGUACAAAUUCCAUUGUUUUGCUGUACAUCUGUUUGUUUCUGUGUCUGUAGUCCUGAAUGCAACUGUACCAACAUGAUGCUUCAUGUCCACACAGACUGUCAUGCAUUGAUACCUAUUGUUGAGAACCUGCUGCAGCAUGUGAAUGUUAGAUGAGCAAGGCAUUUACAGUUUAAUAGAUCCUACUGACAUCA